CGCUGAUUGACGCGGGACCGACGCUGGGACAAGAUGUGAUCGCCCGCCUGCCCGCCCGAGCGGUAACUCAGCUCGCAGCCACACCGCAGAUAACCAUCUCCCCCUCCUUCUCAGUCACGUCUCAAAGCAAGAGAGAGUAGGCACGAGCGCUGGAAAUAUAUUGGAGGCAAUCUUUUCUUUUUGAAGAAGAGGUUAGUUCACCCAACAACCUCUGUGACACAACGCUCCUAGUCUGGGAAUUGCCAGGACUGAAGUACUGAAGAUGAGGUGGCAGGAUGCAUGACGAGAAUGCCUAGAGGACGAUGUCACCCUAAAGACUUGGCUAACGUCAUGAAAAUGAGACACAUCUUCCUUUCUGUUCUGUUUUUCGGAUCGGCCGGUCUCCUGUUCAUCACGUACCUUCACAUAUGGAUGGAGGAGCAACCCACAGUGUUGAAGAUUCGUCAGGACCGGAUUACAAAGUUGUGGAAAGAUCCAUCCAAGAGCCCAAGGAAAGAUCGGACAGUUUUCCAGAGCGGGAGUGUUGUGGGUGACGGUGCAGAGAGGGUCAGCGAUGAGAUUGCCUCAGAGAGCUUGAUGUCUACUUCCAGCAUGGCCCAGGAUCUGGUGAAGCGGAGGCUCUUCCAGCAGAGGAGGAUGAGGACCCUUCUGUUGAAGAGGUUCAUGGAGCCGAGGAGCAACCUGACCUCCUUGCAGCUCUCAACCUGGUCCCUGGCGGUGGGCGCGGUCCACGAGCAACGCAGGAGGUUCCUGGCCAGCUUCUGCAAGACGUUCUACAUCAACAAGCACCGCCGUUCCCUCAUCCGCCUAGUGUCCCAGGUCUACGUGGAGGAGAGGCACAAGCUCCUGUACUGUGAGGUUCCCAAGGCCGGCUGCUCCAACUGGAAACGUAUCCUGAUGGUAUUGAGCGGAGAGGCCUCCUCCCCACACAACAUCUCGCACGACUUUGUGCACACCAGCAAGAAGCUGAGGCGUUUGGACAGCUACAACCUGAGGGAGGCCAACGAGCUUCUCAACGGCUUCACCAAGGUCUUGUUCGUGAGGGACCCCAUGGAAAGACUGGUGUCUGCUUUCCGGGACAAGUUCGAGCACCCCAACAACUACUACCACCCGGUCUUCGGCAAAGCCAUCUUGAAAAAGUACCGGGCCAACGCCAGUGAGGAAGCCCUCAAAACGGGCUCGGGGGUGAGGUUCAGCGAGUUUGUCCGCUACCUCUUGGAUCCCCAUAAACCCAUCGGCAUGGACAUUCACUGGGAGCAAAUCAGCAAGCUGUGCUCACCCUGCCUCAUCAACUAUGACUUCAUUGGAAAGUUCGAGAGCUUGGAGCAAGACGCUAACUACUUCCUGAAGCUGAUCGGCGCCCCUCAGGGUCUACGCUUCCCGAGUUUCAAGGACAGGCAUUCCGCGGAUGAGAGAACUACCUCCACUGUGGUCAAUCAAUACCUCGUCCAAAUAACCCCCUUUGAAAGACAGCAGCUAUACAACUUCUAUAACAUGGACUACCUGAUGUUUAACUAUUCCAAGCCACAUCUUUAGCGCGGAGUUUGGAUUGGGAGUGUAAUUAUCAACAAGAGAUCUUUAAUAUAUUUUGUGAUGCAGAACCUUCUUCUUCUUGCGUAUGGCGUGCACAGCUGAAGGUUGAAGGACAACUUGUUCUAUUUGAUCUUAUUUGAUUGUGCACGCCAGGUUGAUUGCAUUCGUUGAAACAGGGCGGACCACGUGAAGGUUGCAAUCUUCCACCCCAUGCAGAACCUAUUUCCUUUGGCACCUAACCAGAGGACAUAGGUUUAAGAUGAAGGGGGAAUGAUUUAAUAGGAAGCUGAGGGACAACCUUUUCACACAAAGGGUGGUGGGUGUACGGAACGAGCCGCCGGAGGAGGU